CGUACCCAGUUUUUUUAUUACUGAAUUUCGCCCUAGAAUAAUAAAGAAAUACUGUGUUAAAGCUCCACCAUUGCCUUGUGAGUUUAAUGACUGGAGCCAUGGUGUGAAGCUCGUGGCUGUCAAUCAAGACAUUGGUUGCAGCUGUUCUCAGUUCAGUCUGUGUUAUUCUCAGACCUCAGGCAGAGCAGCUUCUCUGAGGAGCUCAUACACGCAGGUUUUGUGCUCUUUUUAUUCUCUUGAGUGCUCUGGGUCAACCUAUUUUUUUUUUUUUGUAAUUUCGCCUUGUCCCUGUCCCUGUGACAUGCCGAUGUUUGUUGAGGACCCCGCUAAUUUCUCCAAAUCGAGACUGAAAUCGGACUUAGUUGCCCACAAUGUGAAGCUGCCACCUGCUAAGAGCAAAAAGGAGGUUUAUGUGGAGUUGCACAUGCAACACAUAGAUCAGAAAAAAACUGUGGAGUUUUCAAGCGACGAGGAAGUGGAGGAGGAUGAGGAGGAUGACAUGGAAGGUGAAGAUGGCGAGAAUCCAGGAGAUGCAGAGAUGCCCGACCCAAGUGCUUUGACUGAUGAUGACCUUAAGGCUGCUCUUCUCAAACACGGGGUUAAAGCUGGGCCCAUAGUUGCCUCCACCAGGUUCUUGUAUGAGAAGAAGCUCAGAAAACUGCUUCAGUCCGAUGGUCAUCAUGGCCAACUUAAUGGAGCAAAGAAUGGUAUGAUGUACUCUGACAGUGAAGAAGAAGAAGAAGAAGAAAAUGGGGAAGACAAUGAUGCAGAGUCAAGUGCUGAAGAAGAAAAUAAAGAAACGGUUGAAGAGUCAGACCAGGCUGACGAAGAGAGCAGCCAGGUAAAGUUGUGUACUCAGAAUGGUGGUUUUACUUACCCACAGUGCUUUUUACCCCAAAUGAGACGGCAUAUUCCUACUUCUAAACCCAGUCCCGUGCGGAAUUCAGGGAAUGUGUUAAAAUCAUCAGAGCGGAGUCGGCCUCCCUGCUCUCAGAAUCUUGUAGGAAUUAGCAGAGCUUCUUCUAUAGAUCAGCGCUCAGGAUUAGGAUCAGGGGUUCAAGCUGGAUCACAAUCCGUUGCAGCCAAUGUUUACUCAUCAUCAUCAUCAUCGUCGUCAUCAUCAUCUCAGACAUUCAGCAUAACUGAAAUGCUCAAAGAGAUGGAGGGUCGGAGGUCACUCUCUACAAGUGCAAACAGUGAAAGAGCAUUCAAUGGGGGCAAUGUGCAGCAUCAUUGGUCACAGUCCAACAGGCUGGACAUGCCAUCUGUGGUCAACCGCACCAUGAAGAACCAGAGCCUGUACUACACUCCCAAAGCUUUCCCUCAGGAACGGGAAAUGCAGGAGCCUGUGAAAGACGAUUUCAAGCACCUGUUCCCUGCUGAGAUCACACCUUCUGGAAUCUAUGCCACUCGUCGGAGACCCAUCAAGGGUGCAGCGGGGAGACCCAUCCAAUACAUGUACCCAGACACUCCCGUCAGUCCCAUGACGCUGCAGAGACGAGACGUGGAGCGCCGCCUCGUGCCCGUCCACAUACAGAUUCUGGUCUUUGUCACCGUUACAUGCCUGCUUUACCUCAUUUAUGUUUGUGUUGAGGACAACACAUUUAGUCCAAUUGUGUCCUUGCUAGACAAUCUAAACCCGGGGUCCAAUAGUGGGGAAGCGCUGUUGCAUAAGACUGAGGCGCAGGACACACCAGCACUUUCUGAAUGGGAAUAACUGUGUGUAUUAUUUUAACUGUUUUCGUCUAUUCUAUUGACACGUUAGGUUUUCAGGCAGUUUUACAUUCAUGUUUCUAUGGCUUUAAAAUCUGAUUUUUGCCUGAUUGUGAAUUGUCAGGGUCUUAGUGUCACAGUUUGUCCUUGACGGGUGUCAUUGUAAUUUUUUUUAAUGUUUAAAUCAUAUUUCAAUAAAGUUUGCCUCAUA